UAAAGACUCUUUCUCCACCGUUGCAAAAACCUCAUACUUGUACACCGCUUCUUCCACAUUCUACUCUUCUCAAAAUUCCAAUUCAAUCCAUGUUUGCUUCAGUGACCAACAGCAGCACCAAUAUUUUACGCCACUGCGCUCUCCUGCGUCCACGUGUCACUCCCAUAUUCCUCUCUCUGCUUCACAGGCUCGGUGCCUCAGCUCCAAUGGACAACAAUGCCCGCAGCAACCCCUUCUCCUCGUACGCUCACGCCUCUCCGAGCACUGGCAGAGGAAAGGCUUUUGAUAUGAGAAAUGAUAGAGAGAGAACAAGAGGGCGUGGAGGUGGGAGUGGCUCAGGAAAGGACAAAAUUGAUUCUCUUGGUAGACUCCUGACACGAAUUUUACGGCAUAUGGCAUCUGAAUUGAAUUUGAAUAUGCGGAGUGAUGGUUAUGUAAAAGUUAAUGAUUUGCUAAAGCUGAAUCUGAAGACAUUUGCUAAUAUUCCACUGAAAUUGCACACUAUUGAUGAUAUUAGGGAGGCUGUUCGAAAAGAUAAUAAGCAGCGGUUUAGCCUCUUAGAAGAGAAUGGGGAACUACUAAUACGUGCAAACCAAGGCCACACAGUAAAGGCCGUUGAAACUGAAAGCUUGUUGAAACCAAUCCUUUCAGCCGAAGAAUUUCCAGUUUGUGUGCAUGGAACCUACAGAAAGAACCUGGAAUCAAUUCUAGGAUCUGGUCUGAAGCGCAUGAAGAGAUUGCAUGUUCAUUUUUCUUGUGGUUUACCAACAGAUGGAGAAGUAAUUAGUGGUAUGAGGCAGGAUGUCAAUGUUCUGAUCUUUCUAGACGUUAGAAAAGCAUUAGAAGAAGGUAUGAAGCUUUACAUUUCUGACAACAAGGUGAUCUUGACGGAAGGUUUUGAUGGUGUUGUUCCUGCCAAGUAUUUUGAAAAGAUAGAAUCAUGGCCCAGCAGACAGCCCAUUCCUUUUUAAAGUUCUCUUACAAUUUUGCUUUUACUUAGGAUCACAGUACGUUGAGGUUUACUAGAUGAUUGUGUAAACCUCUCACAAGAAUUACUACUUGAUUCCUAGUUUUUGUUUUUUUUAAUGAUUAAGUUUACUUUGGGUCAUUGAAUUAUAUAUACUAUGUUUUUCUUUUUGCCAGAUUGAGUUAUAUAUAUGUAAAGAUUUUCUUUUGACGGAAUGAAUAUAUAUAUAUAUA